GGGCGCCAUACCAGAUUGAAAGGGAAUAGCAAUGGCGCUGAGCUCGGAGCCGCUGUCAGAUCGCUCUAUAAAGCUAGCGGUGUUGCUAGCCUUCGCUUCGGGAGUGGUGGUGGGAUGGCAGGCGAACAGAGCGCGGAGGUAUUACCUCAAAUGGCGGAAGCGACGGCUGCAGGACCAGCUAGCAGCAACUCAGAAUAAGUUAGAACUCGCAUGAAGCGCUGAAUACAAAUAGAUGCCUCAAAAUGAACUACAAUCAAGUUUCCAUAUUUGAUGGAUAUUAAUGGACUUUUUAAAAAAAAUCUUCAUGCAUAAACUUGGUUUGGCGAUAUCUAUGGAAUUACCAUCUAUUCCAUGGGACUGAUAUUUACAAAACAGUUUAGCAUCUGCAGAAAGAUGUCAUCUAUCUGUUGAAACUUAUCUGUAUGAACAGCUUAACAUUCCCUACUUGGACAGCUAAUAACUUAAGGAUGUUUUAUGAAGUGGAUCUUCCUAACAUAUUUUAAAUAUAAGAAAAUAAACACCAAGUGCAAUGCAAUAUA